UAGCCCCGCCCACUUCAGCCCAAUCAUCACAUGACCGCCUUCGAGCUUUAACUGUGGAAAAACGGGAAGCAUCAACAAUAAAAAUAACAAUGUCUGGACCAAAUGGUGACCCCACCAUUUCUAUCGACGACCCGGGCAUAGAAGAAGAAGAUGAUUUCAGUGAAGAAGAAUAUGCUUCAGUCAACUCCAUGCUGGAUCAAAUUAACAAUUGUUUGGAUGACUUGGAAGACCGCAAUGACUCUCUGAAUGGGAAGCUGCAUGAACUCUUGGAGUCCAACCGCCAAGCCAGGGUGGAGUUCCGGGCUCAGCUGGCUGGAGCCCCGACCAAGGACCAGGAUGAGGAAGAGGACUCUUCUCUAUCGUCCCCCAAAGAACAGGACGAAGACAUUGAGAAAUAAGGACUGCGUGAGAUGUUUAUGUAGAGUGUGUACUCUUCCUGUCAAAUAUAUUUAAAGUUUAUUUUUGUUUCAUACAUUUGACAAGAUUGUGUAUCACAGGUGCAUAAGGUAUCUUUAAUUUAUAUAUAUAGGCAUAUAUAUAUAUAUAUAUAGCAAUUUUGUCUUUCAGAACGUUUUUGAGAUUGGAAGUGGCAUGCUAUUAUAAAUGAUUAGUAUUGACCUCCCCAGUUGUAAUUGAACCCUUUCUGCUUUAAAAAAUAUAAGAUACAUUUAAACGGAAAAUGUCCAAGGCAAUGUGGCUUAAUUUAGUUCAAUUUUCCUGCUAAGUAGCAUUUGUCUGUGACCCAUAGUUUAAACUUUAAAUAACAUUGGAUGGAAAUAUAAGGAGGAAUUAAGUGUUAAGUGUGUUAAGUGUUACAUUAUACAUUUCCAAGGUCUAGUUAAUCCUAGAUUUUUGGGAACAUUCAGGUCUGUCAGUGUGUAUUUAUUAUAUAAAUGUGUAUAUGUACAUUCCAUUUAAUGUUUCCAAACAUUAAGUCACUAUUAAAGGUACAUCCAGGAAAUACUAGUUUGUAUUAAUCUGAUUAUUACAGAGCACCCUCUCCACUCAGUAAUUUAAAUAACAAUUGUGGGA